CACUUUGAGAUUUUAAAGACUUUAAAUGAUUUUUUGAGAUGUAAAGUUCUUAAUAAAUAAAAUGUAUUAUUAUUAUAUAUGUAUGUAAAUGUUCUAGGUUAAUUUAAACCAACGACUAGGAGGGGAAUUGUUAAGCUCUUUCGAGUCAUGAAAAAAAACACUUUGGCAAUAACAACUGCAAACGUUUAAGACACCUUUGCAACCGCGUAGCACCCUCUGACGUAUAUAGACUUUAUUAAUAACUAACAUUUAAUUAAUCAACUUUUCAGUUUAUAUAAGGCACCAUGUGGCUGUGAAUAUUACAUAAUCAUACAUACUAAUAGCUGUUGUGAACUCAAUAACCCCAUUGGUACAAUGUAAAUGUGUACAAAUGUUUUGACAAUAUUAUUGCUUUUUUGCUGAUGUAUAUUUCAUUUAUUGCUUCACAACUGUUUUAUGGUUUCAUUUUUGCUGAAACUUAUGUAAUAUUCAGUUUAAUGGCAGGCAGGCAGGCACUGACGUGUGUAAUGAGAUGUAUGACUUUAAUACACUUUCAUAAAUAAAACAAGACCGACAUCUGCUAUAAAGUCUUGCUUUAUGACAUAGACGCGUAUAACUCUCUAAGAACAAAUGAACAAUAUCAUUACAUUACAACAGGCUUGUUAAUCCUAGAUCCCGCCUUACUGUCACAUCCCGUCUUCCCAUUGGAGAAUGUUAACGUCAAUCACAUUACAUCAAGCACAUACGUCUUGUCGUCACGUCCUGUUGCGCGCCGCGUCAUUUGAAGUUGUCGCAAAGUUAAGCUCGCUAACCAAUAUACUUUAUUUAGAUUGUCACCCGUUUGUUUUGAAUUCACAUGAUAAUGUAAUAAUCGAUUGAAUGAAAUACCUUAGUUACGCUUUAUUUUGAUGCGAUCGGCUGCUGUGGAUAUCAACGAUAGCAACAGAAUCGAAGCUGACUGUACAGAGCUAAUGUGAUAUAACAUGCAGUGUAGUUCAUGUAUGAGAGGUCACAUGUUCUCUGCUGCUGUAAAUGUGUCUAAUUGAAAUGAUAAGUUUGUAAGGGGUUUGAGUUGUAAGAAGUGCAGUAAUGUCUGUGAGUUUGACUCCAGAGCAGCAGAGACUCAUUGAAGAGAAUAGACGGAGAGCUCUAGCCAGAAGAGCUGAGAGACUCGCGCAGGGUAACACACCUCAUCUGCCGCCCGGAUCUGCUCCAAAUAACCCCCCACAACCACAGUCUGUGUCCUACAGUAGCGCAGCAAAGACAAAGCAGGUGUUUACAUCCGAUCGGACACAUCCAUGUGCAGCCGUGAAGGAUCAAAAGCAGCUGAUUGACAGUAAGGGUUCUUUUGUACCUCCGGCGCCCAAAACUGCCUCUGCGUCCUGCAGCUUUUAUGGACAGACGGUCAAAGCACCGACAGGAGAGAAGAGGGCAUCUAAAGCCCCUGAAACGGGCGCAGAUGUUCCUGCUAAGAAACCUCUGGUGUGUGUUAAAGGAAGAUGUGUGUCACAUUCAGACCAUCGGUUCAGAGUGGAGGUCGGUUAUUACGCCGAUCUCAUUACCGUGUUUAAAAGCAUUCCUUCCAAGAAUUAUGAUCCUGCAACAAAGAUGUGGAACUUCAGUCUUGAGCACUAUCAGAUGCUGAUGGAUCAGGCUGCUGGUUUCCCCUCCGUCUCUCUGAAACCUCUGGAUGGGAUGGAAGGGCUCAACAUUUCAGCGUCCAGCAGUCGACCCAAAGACGGAGCCGCGAUGGCGGCUUUGAUGAGACUCUGUCAGGGCUGGCAGAAACCAGGUGCCACCAUCCAGGGGAAGUGUGUUCUGGUGUCUCGCUCUCGAAUGGAGGUGGAUAUCGGAUACCAGGCUGAUGUCAUUGGAAUCUUCAAGCAGAUGCCAUCCAAAUGUUACGACAUGAAGAGCAGAAAGUGGAGUUUCUUGCUGGAGGACUAUGGAAAACUCGUGACUUCACUCAGCAAGCUGUCAGCGGUGGAGAUUGAACCUUUACCUCUGGCUGUGAUCCAGUCCUUCUCCUCUCAGUUUGAGGAGAGCGAGUCCAGACCUGCUCCUCCUCCUGAGGCCGAUCUCUCCGGCGUAGAUCCAGAGCUCACGCGCAGCCUCAUGCCGUUCCAGAGAGAUGGAGUCAAUUUCGCAGUGUCCAGAGAUGGCCGUCUGCUGUUGGCUGAUGACAUGGGUUUGGGUAAAACAGUCCAGGCCAUCUGUAUCGCCGCAUACUACAGGAGGGAGUGGCCGUUGCUUGUGGUCGCCCCGUCCUCAGUGCGCUUCACAUGGGCCGAGGCUUUCCGCCGAUGGCUGCCGUCCGUGAGCGCUGACAGUAUUAAUGUGGUGGUUAAAGGCAAAGACAGCCUCCGCUCGGGUCUCAUCAGCAUCGUCAGCUACGAUCUGCUCAGUAAGAUGGACAAACAGCAGCCGUCCAGCCCGUUCAAUGUCAUCAUUAUGGACGAGUCUCACUUUCUGAAGAACGUGAAGACGGCUCGCUGCAGGGCGGCUCUUCCUCUGCUGAAGGCUGCUAAGAGAGUGAUCCUGCUGUCAGGAACGCCGGCCAUGUCCCGACCCGCCGAGCUCUACACUCAGAUUCAGGCUGUGAGACCGUCUCUCUUCCCACGCUUCCAUGACUUUGGGACACGUUACUGUGAUGCCAAGCAGCUUCAGUGGGGGUGGGAUUAUUCCGGCUCCUGUAACCUGAUCGAACUGAAGCUUUUUCUGGAGGAGUCCAUCAUGCUCAGACGUCUGAAGUCAGAGGUGCUCUCGCAGCUCCCCGCCAAGCAACGCAAGGUGGUUACCGUGACGACAGACGGCAUCAACUCCCGCACCAAAGCCGCCCUUAACGCCGCUGCCAAAGAGCUCGCCAAAGGAUGCCGCAAUAAAAUUCAAGAGAAAGAUGCUCUUCUGGUCUUCUUCAACCACACCGCAGAGGCCAAAAUCAAAGCCAUCAUGGAAUAUAUUUCGGACACGUUGGAGUGCGGACGAGAGAAGUUUCUGGUCUUUGCUCAUCACAAGCUGGUGCUGGACAGCGUGACCAAAGAGCUCGGCGAGAAGGGAAUCAGUUAUAUUCGGAUCGACGGAUCGACGCCGUCUGAACAGCGACAGCAGCUGUGUGAUAGGUUUCAGUUUAGCACACAGAGUUGUGUGGCUGUUCUCUCCAUCACCGCCGCUAACAUGGGCCUGACGCUGCACGCCGCUGAUCUCGUGGUGUUCGCUGAGCUCUUCUGGAACCCCGGAGUGUUGAUUCAAGCUGAAGAUCGUGUGCACAGGAUUGGUCAAACCAGUAAUGUGGACAUUCAUUACCUGGUGGCUAAAGGCACUGCAGACGACUACCUGUGGCCAAUGAUUCAAAAUAAAAUGAAUGUUUUAGAGCAGGUGGGCUUGUCUGAAUCCAAUAUUUCGGAGAAAGCUGAAUCUGCCAGUUUCCACAGUAAGGACCCUCAACAGUUGACCAUCACUGAGAUGUUCCAGAGGUCUUUUGAUGAAGACGAGAUGCUUGCAUUAAUCGAUGAAGAUCAGUAAGAACACCGGUUCAAUAAAAAACAGUUCACUUAAAA